AUGGCGGACCCCGUAAGAAACAUCAUCAUUAAGCUUGGAAGCAAGGUACACCCUCCGGCGGCAGCCCUCAAACACAUUCAGACGCUUCUACAGUUGGCUAUGAAGAAGAAGCUCAAGCUUGAUCCUCUGCUUCGCGACGAGAUUCUGGUGACUGUUAUGACCAACUAUCCGGAGUUUUAUGCUGAAUGGUCAGCAGAUGAUGUAACUGAACUUCUUUUGUUGGUCGCCGAAGCCAGUGAUGUCGUCUCUCCAGUGUUUAUUCCAGAACCCUCGGAUGGAAAUCGGAGAGAAGCAACACACAGACAGGAGAUUCUUCGACAACGGGUAAAUGAUUCUAAAACCCCUAUUGAAAUUUCUCCUGAUAGACCUGUUGAUUCUUCUAUUCCAUCGUCUGUGUCUGUUUUGCCUGAAAAUCAAUCUGCUUUGGGUUCCGAGAAGUCCCCUGUGAAUGCUGAUCCUCUAUCUUUGCCUGUGACUAAUUUUGCUGGUGAAAAAUCUGAUGCGUUGCAUGUGUCUGAUGAGAAAACAAAGUCCUUUGAUAAGCCAAAUCCACUAAGUCUGGUUGUUAAUGCUUCUGAAAAUAUUGCUCUGCCUCCGUCUAAAACUGUUAAUGUCUCUAAAGAGUCUUGUCCUGCUGUUGAUCCUCCUGCCUUACCUGCAACUGUUAAAACUGUUGAUUUAUCAAGUCCCCACAAGUCUGAGAAAACAGGUGGAGUCCCUGUUUACACUGUAACAUCUUUAGGAGAAAGCCUGGAACAUGUGCGACAUUUUGCUGGGUUACCAUCUACUUCGAUCCCUCAACCUUAUCGAGUGAUACACCCUUCAGAAUCCUCCAGUGAAGAUGAUAAGAUACUGGCUGAGGUAUAUGGAUCCCAAGCACCUUCUUCUGCUGCCCCUACUGUUGAGGCAACUUCUCAUCCUGAUUCCACGAAUUUCAGAAUUCGAGAGAUAUCAAAUAUUGUUGGGAGCUCAUCUGCAAAUGUUUCUGAUUCUAGCCACUCUGUGACUCCAGUCCAGUCCCCAUCCAGAGAAACAAGACGGACAAAAAGGAAGAAUGUUCCAACGAAGGUUUUUGUUGAAACCAGUGCUGAUAAUGUUGAUGUGGAUCAGCCUGUGAAGAAGAGAAAGUUGAGUGAGGCUGCUAAGCCUGAAGGAGACCCACCUAUCCACCAAGUUUUCAAGACUCUACGUUCCUCUGUUAAGCAACAAGGAACUACUGCUGCUCAAGCUACCUCUGAUUAUGUUUGCCCUUACUCCAAGCUGCUCACAUAUGAGUUCUAUUGCAAUCUCAGUGAUGAGAUUGACAGUCUCACAGGGCCACGACCGAUGCAAAUCUUCAUCAGAGGGAAGUGGUAUGAUUUUGGGACAAAUGUGAUAAAUAAAUACAAUGGCUUGCUGACAGUGCAAGAAGAAGCUGUUACUGAAUGGGACGUGGUGGCCAAAACUCUUACCGGUGGACAUACUACAUCUUGGCCUACAGGAGAUAAGGACUAUUUGCUGAGCUCGCAUCUCACGUCUAGAUAUGUCAUCCUACAUCACCUGGCUCUGCACAACUGGCUUCCAUCAGCUCAUUUCAACACAGUUGGCAAGCUUCUGGCAGGGUUCUUAUUUAGAAUUGGAACUAAGAUGCAGUGUGAUCUGGGCAAAUGGAUUUUUUAUCAUGUUCUAAUUCUGAUUCAUCCCCGGGAACAGAAGGGUCUUAAGCCUAUGCCCAGUGAAGUGAUCAGUCCGACGCUGCUAUAUACUGUUGAUAAACGUCUUCUUUCUGGAGAUCAUAUUAAGGAUGUCGUUCCUGUGACUGCCCCAUCCAAUUCGGAACCUGAUGCUGUGAAUGAUGAGUCUCCUCAUGCUAAAGAUGUGAAGCUUUCCGAACAAUUGAAGGCGCGAGUUGCUGAUCUUGAGACGGUGCACGGUAUCAUUGCCAAGCAACUGACGGGUGCGCGCACUGAGCUAGCUACUGUUCUUCUCCGCAUGAGCCUGUCUGAUACUGCUGCUACUGCUGAGGAUCUCGUGAAGUCUGACUGUGACUCUCCCUCAAAUGCUUGA